GAAGAAGAACCCAUGAAAGGACGCGGCCGCAUACUUGAUUGCAUACGAGCUAUGUUUUAGGCAACAAAAACAAUAUACUUGGUAGGAAACAACAACGACGGCACGCAUCGUUCUCGUCCGCGUUCUACCAGAGGCGAAGUGCAUUUAAGACCACUAGUGCGUUCCCUAAGCGCUGGUAGCCUGUGCUCUGGUACGAACGCACGCCGACAAGCUCCGGAAGCUGUGGCAAAAGGCUGUCUUGUUCUUGUCUGCAUCAACUCGACGAUACAUAAUAGCCGCUGUGGCCGCCUCGUAUCAGUCAUGGAGACGGUACCCAAAGCGACCGUACCUGCCGAAACGUCGGAUGGCCGCCCAGCACAAGAUGGUCUACCUGAAGGCCAAGGCGGAAUAGGAAACGAAGCCACAGCCGGCGCGACAUCAGUGGUCUCUCACGAGAGCCCAGUGCCCGCCGUCAACAGUGAACCAGCUCCGACGUUCCCUACUUGUAGCAGGCUGGCUAAUCUUCCAGUAGACCAGGCCACUGGAAUCAUGACCGCAAGACCACCACCGGGAGACAUUUCUCUAAGUAAAAGCAGCAAGAGCAAAGCGGGCCACUCGGCGACUUCGCCCACGGAGCAGGAGCAAGUCGUCACAAAGCCAGAGGUCUCUCUUCCACCAUUGCUGUAUUGCAACCUGACUUCUCGAGGGCUUGAGCAUAGGCACAACAAUUACUUGUCUCCUACGCCAAGCCGAAAUCCGGAUAGCGAAGCCACGGCGGCCACGCUGUCAUUGACUCAUUCAAAGCCACGUGAGCUGAAAGAUGUCACCAGCGUAGCUGCAUGCCUGUCCAGCGAGAGCAAGUUCCAGCCUAGCCGAGUCCUCUCUGAAGACGCGGCUGAAGUGACAAGGGCCGACCCCGACAGAGUCUCCAAAACGAUAGUCGAAGCGGAAGGCAAGACUAGCGGCGGACAAAAAUACGAAGCAGAAACCGUCGGAGCGCACAGCAGAGCAGGGCGUGGAACUGCCAGCGAAUCGAAGGCUGCUUUGGCGAAAGCCGUUUCACUGCAGGUAGAGACGCGUGAUGCGGGUCCCAGCAACGCCGGGAGUGAACCAGCGACCUUCGCGACGUCUAAGACACCCCGCAACAAGAAAACCGGGUUCGAACUCCAAUUUUUCGAGAUGUCGGAUGCGCAUCAGCGUUCUGCAGUGGCAUGUUCCACGCCCAAAGACCAGGCAAGUAGUAUACGAAUGCAUCAAAGAUCUCCUUCCUAUCCCGGAGAACAGCAAACGACUAUUCGACGCCCGAGGUCCCAGAAUCAUGCGACCGAUAUUACAUGUUUCAUCAACGUUUACUGCAAUCACCCGGUCAUGUGGCAGGGACUGGGAAGUUUCUCGAUCCAAGAUAGCUAAAUAAUUUUUUUUUUCGGGCCGAAGCAGUCGUUACGGCAUUAAAAAAUCACGAGGAAUAUUAGACUUGAAAUUCAGUUCCAGACGAAAAUUCCAGCAAUUGCUGCUUCAACCACAAAACCGAUGUAUUCGAAGGACUACGACUUCGGCCAUAAUUUUCGUUGUACUCAUCUACAAAGUAAAAAGAAAGAACAUAUUGCACACGGUUCAAAUUACGGAAGGCUGACUCGCUAGCAUCUAUAGUUAUAACAAUUUUGGUAUUGCUUGCCAUACUGCUCUUCGCAAUAGCUUCAUGCGAACACUGGUUUGACGGCACCGCCAGUACGCAAAACCAAACACCACUGAUUUAUGAAUUUCACGCUUUCGACCCAGCCUUUCCACGCCUGGAAGUAUCUCGCUGAGCGCGCUGAUGCGAUUAAAACAAUAUUCUAGUUUGAACAGUAGGACGAAGGCACUUUUCAAAUCAGAAUAUGUGCAAUCGACAAACCCAAAUUUUAACUCAAUCACAGUGGUGUCGUGGGUGAGUUGUAGUGUUGUGGUGGUCUGGUGUCGCCGCACCAUUACAGAUCUUAAAUAACUCGUUAUUAUUUUUGUUGUUAUGGUAGGUUUUUGUGUGACCAGAAACAAA